AUGGAGCUAAUCCGGAGAGGAGAAAGCAAAGCUGUGGAUGAAGAGGAUUUUUCGCAGGAGAUUGAGGAGAUUGCAGGGUAUUCACUGGGGAAUCAGCUGAGGGCAGGCUUCUUUGGUCAAGAUGCCAGUGUCCAGACGGAUGUGUCCGAACUGCCGUUGGUCAAAUGUCUCUCAGAUGAAACUGCGCAACUUGUGAAGGAGAUGGAGACUCUGAAGAAAGAGACUGCAGUGAAAGUGAAGUUUAUUGAGGCCCAGUAUGAGUCCAGGCUGCAGCAAGAGGCAGAGGCUUUCUACACCAGAAUUAAUUACAAAGUCAAAGCUUUUGAGAACCACCACAAAGAGAAAAUAACUGUCCUGCGAAACAGCUUUCAACAGCAGUUCGCCAAUGCAGUAGAAGUUAUCAAAGCCAGCUAUAAGAACUACAGCAUGGAGAAAAGCGAGGUCACCUCCAGCGACACAGGACGAGUUCAAGACCUUUUGAAUGAGCUCCAGGAGAAGGACUUUAAAAUCAUGUGCCUGAGAGAGCAGCUGAGGGAGAAUGAGGAGAUCAGCUCUGAGCCUGCAGAUGAUCCGGAGAAAGACUGGCUGAGGACGGAGAACAACAGGCUCAAAGAUGAUGUCAACAGCUUGCACAUUGAAAUGGAGCAAAUUCGACAAGCUCUGGAGGCCAAAGAUCAAAGUCUGAAGGAUAUGGCCUUGAAUAUUUCACAGCUGCAGUCAAAGGCGGAUGGUGACAGAAAAGCCUUGCAAAAGCUGUCCAGUGAAAAUGACAAACUAAAGGUGCAGCUGAACCUUGAGAAAGAAAAUGGAAGAAUUCAGAUAUGCCAACUGAAACAGAAAGCAGAGAAAGUGACUGAAUCUACUGAAAACUCCCCAAAAAAAGAGAGGAGGCAUGAGGAAGAGAGGCUAGCAAAGCAAGAGAGUCAGAGAGAUCUGUUAGCUCAGGAGGACAAGCUGAACACCCAGAAAACCCAGAGAGCAGCUGCUCCUGUGGAGCUGGAUUCGAACAACAAGGACCUUACAGAAGAACUGGAGAAGCUGAGGCAAGCAGAGAGAUCACAGAAGCAGCACAUUGACAGGUUGGAAAAGAAAAUAGCUAUGACCAAUGAAGCAUGGGAAAAGAAGUUUGAAAUUCUCAGACAGAGUUUUCAUGCCAUCAAGGACGAAAUGUUCCUGCGGCAGAGCCUGCAGCGCCAGGCCGCAUCGCUGCACCAAGCCUCAGUCAACUACGCUAUGAAGGCUCCUGUCUCACACCAAGGCCAGAAUCCAGAAGAAGCUAGUUUUAGUAGGACUUGUUUCUCCACUAAGACCCCUCUGCCUUCCAUAGGUGCACGAGAAAUGCAGACAGUCAGGCUCAAGACAGUGACCAUCCACCUGCCAAGUGGACAGACAGACCCCUUCUCAGCUUCAGAAGCGAGUGAAGGUGACAGUGAUGAGGAAUCAACCAAGAUCCUGCCUCUCCCGCCUCCUCCAAACAGACCGACCCCAUCUAACACAACAUUUCAAGUACAAAGCAAAUAA